AUGUUCACCGUCAAAGCCACCUACCGCGGGGAAACCCGUAAGUUUACCUUUGCUGAUACUCAUGCCUUCCCUUCCUUCCUUCAACUGUACAACCAGCUCUACCGUGUUUUUCCCCAUCUCAGCCAUAGUUACUUUCUUUCCAAGCUUCUCUUCUCUCCCAAUUCUUCAGCGUCUCGCAUUUUGGUCGCCCGAGAGGUGCACAGUGCCGACGAGUACAAGUCGGCUAUUUCAAAUCCCAGUCUAGUGGGCAGGUGGCCCAGUCCGAUGCUCAAGUUUAGCGUGUUCGACCAGUCACCGCACAAGCCGCCGUUUGCCGGAGACUCGGGACGGAUUCAUUGGGGUGUUCCCGCCCGGGAGUACGACUCGCCCAGACUCCGCCUCUCCCUUGACCCGCUUUGUUCGUCACUGCCGCCAGCACAGCCCCCGCCCAACUUUGCCGGCAUUCCCCCGCCGCCGAUCCUCUUCUCCUCGCCGCCCAGACCUCAGACACUGGCGCCUAUGGAUAUCGAUCAGUUUGCCGUACCUCCACAGCCAUUCUCGACUCGAUCCCCGUCCCCGCAGCCACGGUCCCAGUCGCAGUGGGCCACCCAGUCACAGAAGCAGACUUCGUGCUGCGCCGUCGACCAGGCCAAAGAUGAAAUUCGUACCCUCAUGGACACCUUUAAGAGGGACCUUGACCGAAUCCUCAAGGGUACCUUUGGUGACAACUUUUUGGAACAGAACAUGUUUUCUCAGCCUCCUCAGAGCGUCUUUGGAAGGCCCUUCAUUCCACCAAUGGCUUGUAUGUACCAUACAUGUGCCAAGUGUUUCAAGCUCUUCCAAGGACCGUGGCAGGCCUGCCAAAAGUGUGCCCGUAUUGUGUGCAACGAAUGCUACCAGCAUCCCAACUCCUCUCUGCUCGAGAGCCCUUGCGUUGAAACCCUUGGUCGCCACCCUCUCGCCCCAGGGCCUCGUGUCAUAGAGUCUCCGAAACCGGUAGGGACACCUUCUGCACCGCCAAUCAUCCACCACGGUGUUAUGUGUGACUGUUGCUCGAAGCAGAUUGAGGGAAUUAGACACAAGUGCUUAGACUGCUCCGAUUACGAUCUAUGCACUAAAUGCAUUACUACGGGUGGUGCUGAGCAACAUGACCCCUUCCACGAGUUUUGGGAGGUCACUGAACCAAGCCGCGUCAUCAUUUCCCGUAUCGGAAGUACUGCGUCACCGGUACCUACUCCGGCACCCGCGCCGCAGGCUCCCACGCCAGCCGUUACUCCUGCUGUUCAUGGUGCGACUUGUAAUCUCUGUGACUCUCGCAUUCGAGGUGACCGUUAUGUGAGUACCUUGUGCUCAAGAAAGCCUUGCCCCGUACUCACUGUUCGCUCUCAGAAAUGUGUUAACUGCCCGGAUUUCGACACUUGCGGCUCGUGCUACGCUAUUACCAAGGAACAACACCCUCAUCAUACGUUCGUCAAGAUUUCCAACCCCGCUGAUUACUUGCGUUCCAAUGAGCCCUUAGGUGCCAUGCAUAUGGCGGUUUGCAACGCUUGUAACAGAAGCAUCUUCGGCGUACGAUACAAGUGCAUGCACCACGAAUGCCCCGAUUUUGACCUUUGCGAACGCUGUGAAGCUAUGCCGAUUUCUGUCCAUCCUCCCAACCACCCUCUUCUGAAGAUGAAGUCGGCAAAUACUGUUAUUCCUACAGUUUACCACGUCGGCCAAACCACGUUGAUUGAUGUCGAUGCAGGCCGAGGUCGCUCUCCUCUCAGGUUGAGUACUCCCCUGUCUUAUGUGACUCGGUCGCGUUCCCGCUCCCACUCUUAUGACCGCGGUGUCCUUCGGAAUCCGUCUUGGGAGAAGGCACCUCCUCACUCUGGGGCUUACCCAUUCGCGUUGAGGACCCCAUCUCCUCACCCUUCCCCUCCUAUGACAAUCCCUGAGCCCUUAACUAAGUCGAAUAAAGCUUCUCGGCCAUACCCGCGAUUGUCGUUUCCCGAAUUGAUCAAUCUGAUGGAACCUGCCUCGCCAACUAGCCCAACCCCGGAGACCUUUAUGACGCCUGUUAAUCAGCCCUCGAAUAUUCCUAACGUCGAUGUUGCGGAGGCUAAAUCAUCUGUCUCUCCAGUCGUAAAGUCUGUGAAGGAUGAUUCUCCUUCACUUCCUCCUCUACCGCCACCUACCUCUCGGCAUCUCAGUAUCCCGGACUUGCUCAUAUCAUCUCAGGAAUCACUCGCGUCUGAAACUGUGACACCCAACAAAGAAAAGAGUCUCAGCGUAUUUUCUGAUGACACCCUACCCGCUAUCGUUGAGGCCGAAGCUGACUUCGUCGGAGAUGUUACCGCACCGGAUGGUCAAGUCUUUCCCCCGGGUGCUGAGUUUAUGAAGUGCUGGCGCAUGAAGAACAGCGGUUUGAACAACUGGGAAGAAAACACGCAACUAGUGUUCGUAGCGGGAGAGUCGUUUAUCCGUGAUUCGGGAUCAUAUGUUAUGCAUGUCGGACCUGUGGAUGCUGGUGAUGAGGUCGAUGUUUGGACCGGGGAAUUGAAGGCCCCUGAGGUUCCUGGAAGAUAUAUUGGCUACUGGCGCUUGAAGAAUGGCUCGACUGGCCUGUUGUUUGGCGAGAGCAUUUGGAUCGAUGUCGUUGUUGCAGAGCCUUAUCGUCAACAGAUGAAUACGAAUGCGGCUUCUGAAGCACCCUCUUCGAUGACAUCCUCGUCCGUGAUUGUUAUGCCUAACGCACCUGCGAGCCUGCAACCACCGCUGGAAGUCACUCAACAACAACUCGAGCGACUGAGCCUUUCUAACUCAAACCCUGCUUCUCCGGUGAUCGCACCGUCGUCUGUGGACGUUGUCUCUAUUGCUGGGUCCGACGAAUCCUUCUCUGGCGCGUCUUUAAUUAGCGCCCCUUCGUCGGAUUCGUCUGAUGAGGAACUCUGGGAAGAUAGCCGGAUGAACGCGUCAACUGCGGAUAGUCAACGCACCGCUGUCCCGCCAAGAGCGAAUGCUUUGGACUACGUGGUGUUGUACGAUGAGAAUUCUUCAUCGGAGGAUGAUGCUUAA